UGGGCAAAAUCGCGUAAAAUGGAAACAGAAUUUCGUUGUGAGGUUGAGGUUGGCCGUUGAAAAAAGUGAACAUGGGAAGGUCCAAGUUUCCCGGGAAGCCGCCGAAGACGGUUACCAGGAAACGGAUCAAAGUUCUCGGUCAGCCCGAGACAGCCCAAAGUGAUUCGGUAACCGUCGCCGAGAACAUCUACUACGGACUUUCCCUGUUCAACGAAACAUUUGGUGACAACGAGAAGGAACAUCCACCAUUCCAUGGUUUUAGCACUAAAGAGGCUAAUCUUUCCGUGUCUUAUAUAAAAACACAACAACAUGACACAGAAAAUACAACUGUUAAAUUAUCAUCUGAUGCUGUUAAUAAUUCUAUGCCACAACAGAAUGAACAAAAUAUUACAGAUGUCAAAAAUUCUCCAUCGAACACUGAAAAUAAUACAGAAAAAUUAUGUGAUAAAAAUAUCAAACCAGCAGAAGAUGAUAAAAAAGACGUGACACCAUUAAAUUCCAAACGUGCUAAAUUUCAUAGACCUAAAAGUCGCAGAAAUUGUAAAAAUAUAAAAUUCUCCAAUUUUAUGAAAACACCAGUAUUAAAAUCAGUGAAUAAUAUUUUAGACCAGCAUCAACGAACAAGACAACUACGAAACAGUACUGCAAAAAGAUUAUUGCAAAGGGCUAAAUCUAACAGUAAUAAUGUACGUAAUAUAACAGCACAAUGUGGAGAUAAACCAAAUGCUGUAAGAAAAUUUAUUUUGCCAGUUCGAAGUGCCCAUUCUUCGAGAGUUAUUAAACCAAAUAAAAGAUUUAUUGAAGAAUUAGAAGAAAUUUCUGGAGCAGAGCAUAGUGAAAAUGAAAUUGGUACACAUGUAAAGAAAGCUAAAUUUACAUUAAACAAACUUUGUAAUCAGGAACCAAAAUUAAAAGAAGGAAAUAUUACUAAACUCUGUACAAAAUUAAAAGACAAAGAAGUGAAAAGUAAAGCCAAAAAAGUUAUUCAGCGUGUAAAUUCCAAUAUCCAAACUGUUAUACCAGCAAAAAAUCUUGAAAAAUUAGCUCCUUCUAUACAAAACGCACAAGUAUCAAAAACUAUUAAUACAAAUGUUAAAAAAAUAAAUGUAUCGACUAAAAAUAAAAUAGUAAAAUCUUCAUCUGAUGAAUGCAGUAAUAAUCAAAGUGGAACAGCAAAUACAGCAACUAGAAAACCUCAAAAUGCAAAAUUAUCUAUCUCUAAAGCCCAAAAAUCAAUUUCUGUUCCUACAAAAGUUCUUCCUGAUUCUGAUGUUCCAAGUUCAGAGUCUUCCAGGAUCCAAACAAGAUCAGGAACUCACAAUGAUACAGUUGACUUAGAAGUUCAGACAAAUUUUGAAGAUACAGUAAAAAUAAAAGAAAAUACCAAUGUAAAAAGUCAAACUAAUGUUGAUAAUGGGAAUAAAAAUACAGAGGGAAAUUCAGAUAAUUUUGACACAGAAAGUACAUUAUCUGAAAGUGGAAGUGAACAUAGUAAUCAUACAGAAGAUGAACAGUCUGAAUGGACUGGAAUGAAAUUAAAUGGUGGAAAAGUUAUUUUAAGAAAAGCAAGAUUAAAAUUAGAUAAUAAAUGUGUUAGUGGAACUGAAGGUCCCUUUUCAAAAACAAAUAAUAAUAGCAUUACAAGUGGAAAUACUAACUUAGGUUUAACAGGCACCAUUAAAUGUGGCGUUUGUGGUGCUGUACGAUUUUAUCGAUUUGUGAAGCAGGCUCGAAAAUUUGGUAUUCACAGUUGUGAAUCAUGUAGAAAGUUUAUCAGUAAAAUGAUUAAACGGCAAGCUUGUGCAAAAUCUACAAAUAGUGCCCUUCCAGUCCUUCAAUGUCAUAAAGGCGAUGGUUUAUGCUUAGUACCACCUGUUGUAAGAAGUCAACAAUGGAAUCUCAUGAGAUGUGUUUAUAAAGCUAGAUGCCCAGCUUGUUGGUUAAAAAUGUGUUUAAAAUGUUAUAAUAUUCCUUCUUCACUAAGAACAGGUUUAAAUACAUUGUUACCACCAAUGAUGAGAGAUCCUUUGAGUAUUCCAUUAACACUAAAUCAAGAAGAUAAUGAUAAUCAAGGACAAAAAUUAAUAUCUUCUAAGUUAGGUUGGCCAGCAGAAGAUAGUUCAGAAAAGAACUUAUUCAAAUCAGCUAUGAGUUGGAGAAAUAUAGAAAUAGGUCAAAAAACCAGUUUUCAAGGCACAGGUGGUUUUCUAUAUACAAAAUUAGACAAAUGUAAGAUAAUGAUUCUUAUAAUUUAUUUUAUGCAUAUUAUAAUUUCUAAUAUUCAUAAAUUUAUAGUUGACUCAUCACUGAAUAUAUCACCUAAUAAAAAAAGAAGAAAAAACAAUAGGAUAAAAGUGAGAAAGAAAUUGAAAAAUCCAAUAUUCUCUGUACCAUCUUUAAAUCAAUGUCCACAACCUCUAAGACAGAGACUUGAAUUGAAGGGACCAAGAGUAAAACAUGUUUGUCGAAGUGCAAGUGUUGCUCUUGGUCAACCAAUUGCCACUUUUCCUUCAAUAGAUGGAAAAGAAGGUACUGAAAGCAAUAAGCACAUUCCGAAAACUUUAAAGGAAAAUGAUAGGAUAGAGAAAAAGGAUGAAACAAAAGAGAAAGAAUCACAAAAACAUAAUGAUGAAAAUAUUGUAAAUCAUAAUAUUGCUAGUAUAACACAACAACCUCAUUCUAAGAGAGGAAAAUCACAACAAAAUAUAUCAUCAAAUUUUCAAGUAUCUAAAUCAAAUAAUGAUACAUUACACACAGUAUCUAUAGACUUUUGGGAACAGUAUGAUCCUACAGAAGUUGGAGCAAAAGGUUUUGCCCUUAUUGGUUCAGAACUCUUUCAUAUUCCUGCUAUUUGUUACCUUUGUGGAAGUGCUGGAAAAGAACCACUCAUCCACUGUCAAUGCUGUUGUGAGCCAUAUCAUGCCUUUUGUUUGGAACCCAGUGAAUGGAAUGCUUGUGCUCAACCAAACUGGUGCUGUCCCCGAUGUACAAUAUGCCAAUCCUGCCAUCUAAGAUCUGGUCCAAAAUUGUCUUGCAUUCGUUGUCGUCAAUCAUUUCACCAUUCGUGUUUGUCAAAAUCUGGUGUUAGUGCGAGACUUUAUAGUCCUGAAAGACCUUAUGUGUGUCAAAGCUGUGUUAAGUGUAAGAGCUGUGGUAGUGAAGGAGUUAAUGUUCAUGUGGGCAAUUUACCAUUAUGCUCCAUGUGUUUUAAAUUACGUCAACAAGGAAAUUACUGUCCUUUAUGUCAAAGAUGUUACAAUGAAAACGAUUUUGAUACAAAGAUGAUGGAAUGUAGUGAAUGUUCUUAUUGGGUACAUGCUCAAUGUGAAGGGCUUUCUGAUGAACGUUAUCAAAUUCUUAGUUAUUUACCUGAUACUAUUGAAUUUACAUGCAGUCAAUGUUCCUCUAAUCCUAAUUCCGUUUGGAGAAAUGCCAUAGAAGCUGAACUUAAAGCUGGUUUCAUAGGAGUUAUAAAAUCGUUAAGUAAGAAUAAAAAAGUUUGCGCUGCAUUAAAAUGGAGUCCAAGGAAAGAAUGUUUAUGUAGAUCUGUUUCUAAUGGGAAAAAAUUGGAUUUUUCAAAUGAAAAAAUAGAUUCAAAUAUCAAAGAAAGUCCCAAUAUAGAAGAAAUUGAAGAAGGCAAUAGUGAAAAGAAUAAAAAUACAGAAUUUGGACAUAAUAAUAAUUCAAAAUCUGAUUCAAUAAAUAAAUUAGAUGAAGAUCAACAAAAUGAUUGCACUAAUAGAAGAGGUUUGAGACGCCUUCGACAAAAAUUUCAUUUAAAAGAAUGUUCUGUCCGAGUAAAAAAUUGUGCUAUAAAAGAUACUCAAGAUAAUGAUAAAAAGGAUUCAGUAAUUCAAGAAAAUUCAAGUAAUAAUUCAAAUGAUAUAGAAUGCAAUUGCUUGGAUCAACAAAUUAUUGUUAGACCUUCGCCUACAUUGAUGUCGGUAAAACGAAAAGUUAAUAAUAAUGAAUAUAAAACAUUAUCUCAAUUUCAUUGUGAUAUGGAACAUGUAAUUAAUUAUACUGAAACCAAGGAACUUACUGAAGCUUAUCAUGAAAUUUUACGAGAAGUUUUUCCAUGGUUUAGUCCAAAAAAUAUUAAAAAUAAUGGAAAAAGUGAUACAUUAACAGCUGCCAAGGAUGUUAAUAAAGAUGAUAGUUUAAUUACAAAACUUGAUGAUUCUAUACUAGAAAUAUGGAAAGAAGAAGUAAUGAAAGCACCAAAAGCAAUUGCAGCCAAAACAGCAAAUUUAUAUAACGUUCAUGUUGAAGAUAGUAGAUCAUGUUGUUUGUGCAAAGGUUUAGGUGAUGGUCCAGAAACAAAAGAAGGACGGUUAUUAUAUUGCGGCCAAAAUGAAUGGUUGCAUUCAAAUUGUGCACUUUGGUCUAAUGAAGUAUUUGAAGAAAUUGAUGGUUCUUUACAGAAUGUUCAUAGUGCUAUUUCAAGAGGUCGGUUAAUUCGUUGUUCAGAAUGCGGAAAGAAAGGAGCCAGUGUUGGUUGCUGCGCGAAAAAUUGUAACAAUACCUUUCAUUAUCCUUGUGCAAGAAAUGUUGGACUUGCUUUCAAUGACGAUAAAACAGUAUUUUGUUCUUUGCAUUUAAAUAACUGCACUGAUAAAACAUUACAAAAUGAAAAUGAAUUUAGUUUACGAAGACCAGUAUACGUGGAACUAGAUCGUAAGAAAAAAAAAUAUGCAGAACCAAGUAAAGUAAAAGUUAUGAUAGGUUCAUUGAUGAUUGAUUGUUUAGGUACUGUUAUACCUGAAUAUUCCGAUACGGUUGAAAAAAUUAUACCUUGCGAUUAUAAAUGUUCUCGAUUAUAUUGGUCUACAGUAAAUCCUUUUAAAAUUGUAAGAUAUUAUAUUAGAACAUAUAUACAAGUAUAUGUACCAGAAGUUUCUUCCGAUAUAGAAAAUAAUAUAACUAUUGAUCAUUCUAAAGAACAAGAAAAAGAAGAUACAUUAAAUAUACAAAAAACUGAAUAUUUAGUUAUUAAACAAACUUUAGAUGCUUUAAUUGAUGCAGUAUGUAAUAAAGAAGUUGAUGAAAAUCUAGCAGAACAAAAUAAUACAGAUCUUUUACCACCAGAAUUAAAGGAAGCUAUAUUUGAAGAUUUGCCACAUGAUUUAUUAGAUGGUAUUUCUAUGCAAGAUAUAUUUCCAAAAAUGACAUAUGAAGAUUUUUUGGCAAUGGACUUAAAAAAUGAUGGUACUUUUGCAGCUGAUUUAUUUAAAGAUGAUAUGUUGGCAUCUGAAGUAGAUGAAAUUAUAAAACCACCUGAAAGUAAAGUUUCUAAAAUAGAUCCCCCUUUAGUAGAAUUAGGACCGCAUAAUGAUUUAUGGGUUCAUUUAGAAACUAAAACUUCUGUUCAAGAUUUAAUGGAUGACUUAUUUAGUUCCAAAAAUCAAAAACGGGGAGGCAGAGAAUUAAAACGAUCUAAAUCGGAAGUAAUGUCAAAUAGUCCGUUAAUUGUUGGAGGACAAAGACAUCAUCAACGAUCUUGUAGUUUAACUUGGAGUUGUAAAUUAGAUGGUACUUAUGGUCCCAGCAUAAAAAGAAGAAAAUUAUCUAGAAAUUCAAGUAUCACAAAAUCGAACGAAACAAGCGUAAUGGUAUUAGAUUCACAAAAUGAACGGCCACCUACAUUACAUGAAUUAAGAAUUCCAGAAAGUAUCAUGGUUACUGUGGGCAGAGCAAAUACACCUAACAUUUUAUCUGAUUCUAUGCGAGAAUUAAAAUACUGUAUUGAAGAUGCUAAUGGUAUUAAUCGUAGAGUAAUAUCUACUAGUCGUGAAGAAACUAAAGAACAUAAACGACUUUUUUGGCACGCGAGGCAACAGCCGCGGAUAUUACAAGUUGAUGGGUCUGCCGAUCCAAGCAGUGCUAGUGAAUGCAGUUCACCAGAAUAUAAUAUUGAAGAAAAAACUACAGCAUUACGUAUGGCAGAACAUUUAUCAAUCCCGCAAUUAGAUGGUAUCAACGACGAAUCUUCGUGUGACAGUAGCGAAUUUACUUCAUUUUCUGAAAAAGAAUUUAAUCCUUGUACGAAAUCUUCAAAUAAUAUUUUAAGAUCAAAACGAAUAUAUGGAUUUAUUAGAUCACAUAUUACAAAAUCUAAUGAUAAGUCACAAAAGACUAAAGAAAAUGAUGACUUUUCUAAUUGUCAAAAAUAUGCAAUACAACAAACUAAAGAAAAUAAUUUAAAAUUGAAUUUAGAAAUUCCACAAUUAGAUGGAGCAGAUGAUAUUUCUAGUGAUGAUGAGUGCAUAUCACCACAACAUGUUGAAAGUGAAAGAACUACUAUUACUUCUCAAUGUGAUGCACCAUUUGAUCAUAUAGAUCGUCCUGUAACUUGUAAACGAUGUCGUUGUACAUAUAGAACACAAGAUAGUUAUAAUAGACAUUUGACAAAUUGUGAUAUCAUGAUAACAAGCGAUAGUGAUUCUGAAACUAUGGAUAAUAAAUUAGCAUCACCUGAUUCUAGAUUUUCUCCAAGUAUUAGCUCUGUAUCUCCACAAUUUAUAACAUUAUCUCCAUCUGAAGGACAUACUCUUUCAUCUGAUUAUCCAGAUAUACAAGCUACUUCUCCUUUAGAAGCUUCUGUACCAUCACCUCAUCCAGCUAUUCAAAUCGAACCAAUAGCACAAGCAAUUAUUACACCACAAAUUCAUACACAUGCUACUGUGGAAACUGUUCAUCAAACAGUAUUAACAUCUAAUGAUAUGAUUGUACAAACACAGUAUACGAGAACAACAACUACAUUACCAAAUGCUUCAGUAUUACCUCAAGAAAGUACUGUUCAAAUAACAGAAAUUACAGAUCCACCAUCUGUUGCAAGUGAUUCUAGUAUAUCACAAAAUAUCAUUAAUACACCCAUGAAUUCUCCAGAUGGUGCAAGUUCUCAAACAGUUCCAAGUCCACAAGUAUCACCUACAUUUUCUUCUACAGGUGUUCAAACUGCAACUAAUGAAUCACAAGCAAAUAUUCAGAUAACAAAAUUAGCUAAAUCAAAAUCUCCAAGAGCGCCAAAAUCUCGAACGAAAGGAAUAAAAACACAGAUUGUGAAAAAUACUAUACAGCCACAUAAUGGACAUGCUAGGUUUCAACCAAUGCAAAAUAAUACUCCAGUUAUACAACUGCAACAAACUCAAAGACCAAGUGGGCCAACUGUUAUAUUACAACAAGCAUCUCCUGGUAUCAUGUCUGCAUAUGUUGAGACAUUGCAACAACAAUCUGGACAAAAUCUUCAAUAUGUAACAACAAUUGGAGGUCAACAUGAAACUGCAUUUAAACCACAGUUUAUAACAACUAAUCAUUUAGUUCCUGGUGCAUACAUACAAGCAUCUUCUGAUAACUUAUUGGCAUUACAAAAUGGAGGUAUAUCAAUAUUGCCUGGUGUACAAAUUGCUCAAACACAACCAACAGUUCUUGGAACAAUUAUACAGCAACAACCUAGUGCAAUUCAAUGUGGAGUUAUAUCAUCUGAACAAUUAUUAUUAAGUUCAACACCAACGCUAGAAAUGUUUACAGAUUCUACAGGCAGUAUGUUUCUUUCAAAUCAACCAAUGUAUUAUGGUUUGGAAACUAUUGUAAGCAACACAGUAAUGUCUUCCAGUCAGUUUAUGACUGGCACAGUACCACAAGUGUUAGCAAGCAGUUAUCAAACAACAACGCAAGUUUUUCAAGCUUCUAAACUUAUGGAACCUAUUGUAGAUGUUCAGGCUGUUCCAGGUGUUCCCACUGUAACAGCAGUGCAAUCUGUACAAAAUGUACCUGGAGUACCUGGAGUACCUGGAGUGCCAAGUGUACCAAACGUUGCUAAUGUAUCCAAUGUACCCAAUGUAACCAACAUAGCCAGCAUACCUAAUGUACCUAGUGUAACCAAUGUACCUAAUGUUCCAGCUGUACCCGCUAUUCCGAAUAUAUCUGCUGUACCCUCUGCAUCCAAUGUAUCUAACGUAUCCAAUAUAUCAAGCAUAACAAAUAUAUCAAAUAUAUCUAAUGUGCCCACAAUACCCAGUGUAUCUAAUGUGCCUAGCGUACCUAGUAUACCCAAUGCAUCUAAUACACCUAGUAUACCUGGUGUACCACAUGUACCUAAUGCACCUGGUGUAUCUAACAUACCCAGUGCACCUAGUAUAUCUAAUGCACCUGGUGUAUCCAAUGUAUCUAGUGUAUCAAAUGUACCUAAUGCAUCUGGUAUAUCUAACGUACCUACCGCAUCUAGUGUACCUGGUGUAUCUAAUAUACCCAGUGUAUCUAAUAUGUCUAAUAUAUCCAAUGCACCUACAUUGCCUAGUACUUCUAAUAUAACUAAUAUAUCGGCGAUACCUACUGUUCAAAAUAUAUCUAAUAUUUCUACCUUACCACCUAAUGUAGGAAAUGUUUCCGAUAUACCUACAGUACCCGGUGGUUAUGUCGUUGUAAAUCAGUCAACAUCUAUACCAGAACCUGUAACGCCACAAAUUAAUAUUUCUGCAACAUCUGAACAAACCUUUGCCUCAACUACCUGUAAUGCCAUAUUGCCUGUAUCAUGUCAAAAUGUUGUAGAACCAGUGACAUCAAUACAGCUACCAGAUACAUGUUUAUCUGAACCUCAUGCUGUAGUAAGAGUAACAUCGCCUCCUAAGUUGUUGCAAAACUCAAUACCAACAAUACCAAGGGUAGCUGUACGCCCAAGUCCAGUUUCCAACUCUAUUAUGCAACCUAAUAAUGGACCAUGGAAAAUUACAGAACCAUUAUUUGGUUCGGAACAGAUGAAUACUAACGUCCGACCAUAUUUUGACUCAAAACAUGUAUCAGAAAAUACCAGUAUGAUAAAAUCUAGCAUAUCAUCUAAAAUACCCCCCUUACCUAAUCAUUGUAUAACUCAAAGGGAUAUAGUUGUAAAUAAGUUAAAUCAUGAUGUAAAUAAUGUGCAUAAUAAUUAUAGUAGUACUAUACCGAAUUCAAACAAUAUUAAUAUAAGUACAAGUAACAAUCCAGUGAUUGCCAGCUCGGCUGUACAAAAUAAAAUUACAAUGUCUACAAGUAAUGUACCAACAAGUCGACCGAUGAAUAGAGUAUUACCUAUGCAAGCCGUAACUCCGAAACAGGAUACGACAAAGGCCAUGCAAAAAACAGAAAUGAUUAUAGAAGAGCCAACGAAACCAGUAAUUAAACCAGCAGAACCAGAACAAAAGAUUACAGAAUCUAAGAAACAAAUUGUUGAAGCAGUAGCCCCUACAAUGAAGAAACCGGAAACGACUAUAAACAACAUAAAUGAAACUUUGAAAUUAAAUACGGAAGCGAUCGAAAAAGUAAAAGAAAAUCUGAAAUUGGAACUGGACAAAGAGAAAUUACAGAACGCUUCGUUAAAAAUAGUGUUACAAAAGCAAUUGCAAGAUGGUUCUUAUAAAAUUACACAUAACAUGAAAGCAAUGACACAAAAUAAGAAAUCUCCACAAGUAACAUCUGUAGAAAUAUUGCCGUCAAAACAAGUACCACAAAUAGCUUCUUUGCAAUUGUUACCGAUAAAAACAUUCACGUUGAAAACGAAUAAAAUUGAGGAAAAAAUGAAACCAAUCGAUAACAAAUUUAACAUGUUAAAAACCAAGACUCCACCAGUUGCUGUUAAAAAGCCAAGAAUGAUUAGUAAGUCUAUUAAAUCUAUAAAGCCAACUUUACCAAAUCUACAAACACCGAGAAACACUUCAAAAGGACCGACAUUGAUGUACGAAAUAAAAUCACAGGAUGGAUUCACUCAUACCGCUUCCUCAAUGGCUGAAGUAUGGGAAACUGUAUUUCGAGCCGUGCAAAAUGCUCGAAAAGCUCAUAAUUUACCUCCGUUGCCUCAUAAUCCUCUCAUUGAAAAUUUAGGCUUGGAUAAUAAUGCUACGGUGUAUCUGAUUGAACAGUUACCGAAUGUAAAUAGAUGCACUAAAUAUAAACCCCGAUUUCAUAAUUUAGCACCGCCUAAGCCAGGAGAAAUAGAAAAUGAUUUACCAAAGGCAUGCGAUAAUGGUGCUGCUCGCGCUGAACCGUUUAAAGGAAGAAAAGUUCAUGAUAUGUUUAGUUGGCUUGCAUCGAGGCACAGACAACAGCCAAAAAUGAUUGCUAUCUCUGAAGCUGAGUCAAGGCGAGUGGCAAGCACAAAUUUACCAAUGGCAAUGCGCUUUAGAAUACUUAAAGAAACAUCGAAAGAAUCAGUUGGAGUGUAUCAUUCUCAUAUACAUGGUAGGGGUUUAUUUUGCUUGAGAGAUAUUGAAGCUGGAGAGAUGGUUAUUGAGUAUGCCGGCGAGGUAAUUCGAGCUUCGUUAACUGAUAAACGAGAGAAAUAUUAUGAUAGUAAAAAUAUAGGAUGUUACAUGUUUAAAAUCGAUGACCAUUUAGUCGUUGAUGCUACAAUGAAAGGAAAUGCAGCUAGAUUCAUUAAUCAUUCAUGCGAGCCAAAUUGUUACUCGCGUGUAGUGGACAUCUUAGGUAAGAAACACAUUUUAAUUUUCGCUCUCCGUCGCAUUAAUCAAGGAGAAGAGUUAACGUAUGACUACAAAUUUCCUUUCGAGGAUAUCAAGAUUCCAUGUACCUGCGGUUCCCGCAGAUGUCGUAAAUACCUCAAUUGAGACUGCAUAUACAGCUAUCGUAAGCAGCCAACCGGCACAGCAAAAAAAUAAUGUGCUAUAAUUAUGUGCGCUUUGGAAUAGGAUUCAUUUUAUUGAACGUUAUUCAUUUAAUCAUCAAACUAUUUUCAGAGAUUGCAGCUUUUUAUUACUAUAAAGGAAAUAGAUAUACAUUUAAAAUAUUAGAAGGCCAGAUAUAGUACAUGAAACAUCGCGUUAUGACAAUGUUACUUUAAACAGCUACACUUCGUAGUUGAUUUAAGGGGUAUACUUAUAGCAAUAAAUGAUUGAACAUGUCCUGCUUUCGUAUCCAACGAGUCUCGCGUGCUUCAUCACGCUCACGUUAAGGCUCAUGAAAGUGUUAUCCACGCCUGUGCUUUUAUGCACGUCUUCUAGACUCUACUUAUUAUCUACUAUUGAGGCUUAAGUGUACGAGUUAUCGUCACUUUACACUAAAUCGAAAAUGUUUUUAGUUUAUAUUCAUAUAUUAUUCAUAAGCUAAAAGCAUUUAUAAAAUUCUCUUUUACAUAAAUUAUUUUGAGUUAUAUAUUUAAGAAUUCUAAUGCAUAAUUGGACCAAGUAUGAAAUUGAGUAAUAAUAAAAUAUAAAUACAGCACAAAAAUAAUAUGUAUUUAUAAAAGAAAAUUAAUGACUUUCCAUGACUGUCAUUUACAUUUUUUGUCAAUAUAUAAAUAUUGAAUAUAGAAAUUAUUGAAUAUAGAAACACGUUUACUACGUGAUAAAUACCAAAUAUUCAUGUUCAGAGAAAAAUUUGUAAGAUAUAAAGCACACAAUUUUAUUGUAAAUUUCGAUUUUAUAUGUAAUGACAUACAAUUAAAUAUUUUUUAAUAUUUUAUGUAAAUUUAGAAUUUAGUGUACAGUGUACGACUAACUUUGUGACAUUUCAUGUCUAAUGUAGGGCCAGAUUUCAAAUGUUCUUGUAAAAUAUGUAAUUGUUAGAUUAGAUACUGUCUUGAUGUAAGUACAGCUACCAAUUUAACUUAAGUUAGUAACAUAGAUGUUAAGAAGUAAAGAAAGAACGCGCGCGCGCGCAAAAAAAUGAGAGAGAGGGGGAAGAGGGGAAGAGAAUGGCAAGAAGGAACAGUUUCCUAGCGUGGGAUACUGUCUGAAGGUGUACCUACUUUGGCAGACAUUGAUGAUAUUUUAAGUCUUAUAGUAGUGAUAAAAAAAAAAGAUAAAAAAAAAGAUAAAAAUGAAACAAAUGGGGAACAAAGAUUUGUUUCCCACAGAAAUUGAAGCCUGUUCGUUUAUUUUAAAUGAAGGAUUAUGUACGCGCAAUAUUAUUUUGAUAUGUUUUUAUAGAUUUUUAAACGAUGCACCUAUACGUUUGUGCUUCCGCCUUGCCAAUAUUACAAUAUUAAUCUUAUUACUUUAUUUUUGUAUUUAAAUAAUAUGAAUCGCUAGAAAAAAGAAACCUUUUAUUUUACAAAAACUUAAUAGCAUACUGCUCAUGUAUAAGAGAUUAAUCAUAAUUUUUAUGUGAUUUCUGUCUGAAAUUUUUCUACGAUUCGUAAGAGGCAUAUAUAAUCACGUAAUCAAUUAUGUUAACAGAAUGUAAAAAGAUAAUUAGAUCAUUGUUUCAAGUAAACUUUUCUAGAAUAUUAAUAUUUCUAGGAAAUGUUUGUGAUAUUUUCCUACACUGGGAAAAGUUAUAAAUGUUCUUUAUAGGAAUAUAUUUCAGAUUUUUACGGAUACAUCACUGUAUACCGUAAAAAGCACCUUUCUGUGAAAUGCAGUUUUGCCUUACCUUUAAUGUACCUACGCUUUAAACCCGGUGAUAGAUUUAGAUAUACCCCGAUGACUUAUAUUCAAACUGAAAAAAAAAAACUAAUUGUGUCUAUGCAUCCAUUAAGCUAUGAUAAAGUAUUUUAGUGCGGUUAAUCAAUUUCUGCCGAGGUGGUUGUCCCUUAAAUUUGGUGCUCCAUGGACACCGUUAAGUGCACUUUACACGAAAAAAUGGCCUAGAGUAAGAAAUAGUAGGUGGCAGCGAAAGAGUUUGAUAAUAAUAAGAAAUGCGUUAUACGAUGAAUAUUGAUCGCGAAUUUAUUUAACGAAAUAAUAUAAAGAAGUAAAUGAUGGCAGGAACAUUAUUUGAGCACGUAAAUAUUUGUCGUUCGUGCAACAUUUUAAUCGGCCUGGUUUGGUACAAAAUGCGUAUGCUGAUUUGUAAAAAGUUAUAAAACAAGGGAAAGAAAUAGAAACUUGUUCUGGUCACGAGAAAUUGCCAUUUUUUAGGUAUUUUGAAUCUUUUUUUUUUUUUUUUCUCUCUUUUUUUAAUAUUAUGAUUACCAAUAAUUAGUGACUAUUAUUGGAAAAUGAAUAUUGUUAAUAUAAUAAUUAAUUAAUUAAUUUUAAUCUGUAAAAAAAAGUAAUAUGACAUAAGAAAAGUAAUUUACUUGAAAAUAUAAUAGCAAUGUUAGAUAUUUUAUUGAUAUUUAUUACUUAUGGAUGACGGUUUUAGGGUUAACGAGAUGUACUAAUUACAUUAAACAUGAUUUAGAGAACAUGGUGCACAUGAUGGUCUAAUAUUGUUGAAAAGAUACGAAUGACAACUUUUUUUAUGGAGGGAGGGAAGAGAACAUCCUUUUCUCUUUAAAAAAAAAAAAUGCAUUCUUGUAAUUGUUACAUAAUAUCAUCACGAACUAUUUGGGAUUAUGAAAUAUAUGCGAUGUAUUUUACUAUACUUCAUAUUCCCAUUCACAAAUUAUAAUUGUGGUGAUUGUAACAAUAAUUUAUAAUGGGUAUAUAUUUACACGUGUCAGUAGAUAAAUUAAGAACACUGUUUUUUAAUUAUUUUUUUAUUUAUAAAAUCUCCAUAUAUAAAAUAUUUUAUGCUCUAAAAGAAAGAAAAACAAAAAAUAUAGAUUUUAGCGUCCGUAUGAUACGGAAAAUUAUGUUCUAUGUAUACUUCUCUGAUAAAAAAAAUAUUCAGAGUUUGUCGAGCGCUUUUCUGAAACAUACUCUGUAUCUUUUUAAAUGAUUCCCUAAUUCACGAAAUGUGUACAAGAUCCUUAGUAUUACGCAUCCAGCCUUCAUUAUUAUGAUUAUUAUUAGUAUUAUCAAUUAAUUAUAAUCUACAUGAAAAGAUAGCAUAAUACACCACCACUCAUAUUGUGCACUGUUUGUUUAAAAUACACCCGUCAGCACCUUUAAAAAGUGAUUCGUGUGAAAAAGAGCAAAAAUUUUUGACGUUAGAGAAAAAGAAACAAAUAUAUAUAUAUAUAUAUAUAUAUACAUAAAUAUAUAUGUAUAAUCUUCGAACUUGAAUAUGUAUAUGUAUACUUUACCUCGAGAUAAAUUUGCUUUAGGUAAUGAAAGUGUUGGAUAUUUACUAGUUUGGUGUGAUAAUGAAACGAGUGGUUAAGUUAUUCAUGGAACUGUACGGUGCCCGUUAAUACUUUUUACGACAAUUUCAAAAACAUCGCAGCGUUGCAUCCUCUUGUAAAUGAGAGUCAUCUCUUCGAGUCUUUGGGUUCUUCGUUUUAUUCGUAAAAUUAAGUAAUUAAAAGAAAAAAAGAUUGAAAUGUAAAACGCUUCUUAAAUCAUGUAUAAAUAAAAAAAAAAAAUAGUAUUAUUCUAACGUUUAAACGAAUUGUAGAAUUUUGAAUAUUGUACUUGUUUAAAAGAAAAAGAAGAAUACGAAGAUGAUGAAGAAGAGGCAGCAAAAGAAAGAUAAAAAAAAUACUAUUGAAAAAUUUAAAAAUUAAAAAAAAAAAGGAAAGAAAGAAAGAAAAAGGAAUGAAAGGAAAAUUGAAAAAAUUGUCUGUGAUUAUCAGUCAUAAUAAUCUUUAGGUCAACAUAUUUUUUAGAGAAUAUUUUUUAGCAAAUUACAAAAUUUAUGAUAUAUCCCUAUUAUUGAUAUGAUAUUGGAUCGGACACGCUACGCAUAAUAUUAAAAAAAAAAAAAUUGAAACUGUAAAAGUUGCAAACUGUUUAAUAGAAUUAUGAAUAGUUGAGAUCGAUGGCUGUUGUAAAAUAUUCAGUGUUUGGACAAAUAAUUAUUAAAAACUAUUUAUAAUAUUGAUUAAUAUUGAGAUACGAUUAUAUAUUAUUGUAUCGCAUACUAUAGUAGCGUUUCUAUCUCUUUUGCGUUUGCAUAUUCAUCGGAAUAGAUUAUAGAAAAGAAUUGGUCGUAGGCCCAUACAAGACGAAGUCGUGAUGAAUGUAAAAUUAAACGAAGAGACGCUGCGGGCAAAUGGGACGUAUUUACUGCACGCGUUCAGCGUGUAAAUUGUCGUUAUAAAAUCCAUCUACUUGUAGAGAACUUAUGAAAUAAUCGUAAUAUUUACAUUAACCAGAUGAUAUGCAUACCACAUAGAGACGCAUAAUUAAUGCUUUCAUCACACGAUACAUAUAUACACAUACUUACAUAUGACACAUACAUAAUACAUACAAAAAGAAAAUACAAUACACACCCAUACCAUGUUUUGUAAUUAAAUGUUUUGUUAGUAUUAUAUGAGAAAUUAACAGAAUAAAAACACAAGUGGAAAUAUAA